GUCGAACUUUUUUUUUUCUUUAGUCAAAUUAUUCAUCGCGUGCCAUUUGUCCUGCGAUGCCAAUCGUCAAGGAUGAGGAUCGCUAAUAUUUUGUGCCGUCCAGGCACAAAUCUUCAGGGACUCAUAGCUCGCAGUCGCCAAGCACGGCUCCCACGAUCACGAUCCUUUGCGACACCCGCAUUCGACAAUUCGAACCCACGAAUACCACCGUACCUUAAGUUAGUUAAGAACUAUGAGAAGGUCAAGGAGGUUUUAGGAAAGGGUACCCCCCUAACCUUGGCCGAGAAGAUUCUAUACAGUCAUCUUGACAAUGCCGAAGAAUCUCUCUUAACCAAUACCAAUGGCGGACGGAACAUUCGAGGAACGGCCAACCUAAAGCUCAAGCCCGAUCGCGUUGCCAUGCAAGAUGCCUCGGCACAAAUGGCCCUCUUACAAUUCAUGACCUGCAACCUACCGUCCACAGCUAUCCCAGCCAGCAUCCAUUGCGACCACUUAAUUGUGGGCGAGCGAGGCGCGAAAGACGAUUUAGAAGUAGGAAUCAAGACGAACCAAGAGGUAUUUGACUUCUUAGAGUCUGCCUCCAAGAAAUACGGUAUCGAGUUUUGGCCGCCUGGAGCAGGUAUCAUCCACCAAAGCGUCUUGGAGAAUUAUGCUGCUCCCGGUUUGAUGAUGUUGGGAACUGACAGCCAUACGCCUAAUGCUGGAGGUCUUUCGACGAUUGCGAUCGGUGUUGGUGGUGCUGAUGCUGUUGAGGCUCUCGUCGGCGCACCAUGGGAGUUAAAGGCCCCUAAGAUUCUAGGUGUGGAAUUGAAGGGAAAGCUCAACGGCUGGGCCUCCCCCAAGGACGUUAUUCUCCAUCUCGCCGGCCAACUCACUGUCCGUGGUGGCACCGGCUUUAUCAUCGAGUAUUUCGGACCAGGUGUCGAGACGCUUAGUUGCACGGGCAUGGCCACUGCCUGUAAUAUGGGAGCCGAGGUUGGCGCUACGACUUCCAUUUUCCCUUUUAGUCCAGCUCACGUCCGAUAUCUCGAAGCUACACAUCGUCAUGACGUAGCCGCGGAAGCGAAGAAGUUUUCCGACAUUGUUCAGCUCAGAGCCGAUCCGGAUGCGAAGUACGACGAGAUCAUCACCAUUGAUCUAUCCACAUUAGAGCCCCACAUCAACGGACCCUUCACCCCGGAUCUCUCUACGCCACUUUCCCAAUUCAAGCAGACUGUCCAAGAGCAGAACUGGCCUGAAAAGCUCUCAGCAGGUCUAAUUGGUAGUUGCACAAACAGUUCAUACGAAGAUAUGACACGUGUAGAGGGUAUGGUUCGUGAAGCCAUGGAGGCUGGUCUCAAGGCUACAUCCGACUUCUAUAUUACCCCUGGCAGCGACCAAAUUAGAGAAACUCUACGAAGAGAUGGACCUCUCGACACCUUCAAGGAAGCAGGCGGCACACUUCUAUCUAACGCCUGCGGUCCCUGUAUUGGCCAAUGGAAGCGACGCGACGGUGUCGAAAAGGGGACGCCCAACGCUAUUCUUACCUCAUUCAACCGUAACUUCCGUGGCCGCAAUGACGGCAAUCCUGAUACCAUGAACUUUCUUGCAUCACCAGAGGUUGUAACAGCUAUGGCUUUCGCCGGCACCACCACCUUCAACCCCAUGACCGAUUCCCUCCCGACCCCAUCCGGCAAGGAAUUCCGAUUUACACCCCCCUCAGGUCUCGAGAUCCCCGCCCAACCCUUCGAAAUAGCACGAGAAGAAUUCCGCCCCCUCACCCAAGCCCCGGACGCCUCAGUCAGCGUAGCCAUCUCCCCAACCUCCGAACGUCUAGCCCUCCUCGAACCCUUCGAACCCUUCCCCACCUCCGACCUCUCCGGCCUCCGCGUGCUCGUUAAAGUCACAGGCAAAUGUACAACAGACACGAUAUCCGCCGCAGGCCCAUGGCUGAAGUACAAAGGCCACCUGCCGAACAUCAGCGAGAACACGCUAAACACAGCAAUCAACGCCGAGACCGGCGAAGUAAACGUAGCCUACGACCUCGACGGCUCCAAGCACACGAUCCCCGAGCUCGGCAAGCGCUGGCGCGAGGCCGCGCGCCCAUGGCUCGUCGUCGCAGAGCACAACUACGGCGAAGGCAGCGCGCGCGAACACGCCGCGUUACAACCGCGAUACCUCGGCGCCAAAAUCGUUCUCUGCAAGAGCUUCGCGCGCAUCCACGAGACGAAUCUCAAGAAACAAGGCGUCGUGCCUCUAACCUUUGCCGACGAAGCCGAUUACGACAGAAUCACAGCCGGGGACGAGGUCGACACUGUCGGGUUAUACGAUAUGUUGCGGAACGAGGGGAAGGGAGAUGUGGCGCUUAAAGUGACGAAGAUGAAGACCGGAGAGGAGUUUUUGGUGAGGACGAAACACGCGGUGAGUAAGGACCAGGCGGGGUUUAUUUUGGCGGGGAGUGCGUUGAAUUUGUUGUCCAAGUCUAGUCGGUGAGGUGGUUUUGGAAGGGGGAUGAUGGUGAUGGGGGAUGGGGAGGUAAUGGAGAUACCCUGUUGGUAUAUACGCAAAUAGGGGUAGAUGGGGGUUCUGAAUGGUGCUCUUGGCGGCGGGAUAUGGAAAAGUCGGUCGGCUAUAGAGAAAAUGAAUAAAGAUGAAUCACGAUGACGUAGGGUGUUGUUUAGGUGGUGAUUGUUAAGAUUUUGAGUUGCUCGCCUAAGUUAAUACUCCCAUCGAUAUGUACCUCAGAGGGAGGUAAGUAUAUUUGGGGCAAUGGUCGUAUUCUUACAGGGGAUAGAGGGCUCAGUUCUAAACGAUCAUCACUUGAAAUAUAC